AUGCAGGGAAUACCAAGGAAAGGCAGGUCCUUCGUCCCAUCCGAGGCCAAUCAAUUCAACCCGCUGGUUGCGCCGCCAUCGGGAUCGGAUGCCUUGGCUUUGACCAACAGCUGGGCGGAAUAUUUCGCUCAGAGUGUCGAUAUCCCCCUGUCCGUCAUAACUGAGCCGACCUUGCAGAUGGUCCACAUCCUAUUGCUGAAGGCUCUCUACGCCCAACAGGUGAUGCGGCCCAAUGAAGCCUACCUCCACCUUGGCUACGCCGUCCGCGCCGCCCUGGCGCUCGGGAUCAAUCGAGCCCCCGUGGUCAACGGGUACGGCUCCAGCCUGCACCACCUCAAGAUGACCGUCUGGCUGACAUUUGCCUUCGAACGCGUGACGGCGCUACUGGUGGGCGGCCCCUUUUGCUUACGGGAUGAACAGAUCGACGCGCCCUAUCCGCAGGACCAGCCGCUCCCGCGGGCGGAGUUCCCAGCGACGGUGGGGGUGGGGGACCUCUCGUCACAACUUGCCAUCGACCGGAAUGCCUUCGUGCGCGUGCUCGCGGAUAUCGGUAAAUUAGCCGAUGGGAUCUUGACCCGCAUCUACCCGCUGGGCACGCUGUCCGCGGCGGAACAGUACUUGGUGGAGAGCAACAUGCAAGAGCUCGACGCGCGCCUCCUCGCCAUGGCGGCGCAGUUACCCGACUACCUGAACAUCCUGGACGAGGACUCCUCCGUCGGCGAAGGGUGGCAGGAGAUCCAAUGCCUGCAUCUGGGGCUGCUCUACCACACGAUGCGCAUGCUCAUCCACCGGUCGGUGGUCGUGUUCACCACCUUCUUCGGCUCGAACUGCGAGACCCAGCAGCAUGCGCCGGGGGUCAUUCGGUUGCAGGAGUCGAUCGACAUCUCGACCAGGUCCGCCCGCAACAUCAUCCGCUUCGCCCAGGAGAGCCUGGGCACGCGGCAGCCCGACACCCGCUCCGACAGGUCCCUCGCCAGCUAUCUGGUGGCUGCCUGCAUCACGCUGCUGUAUCAGGUGCUUGACCCCGCCACCGCGAUUGCGUAUGCGAAAGAAACCUUUGCGGUGGUCGAGCAGGCGAUGCACUGCCUGGAUAAUAUGAAUCAUCUCGGACCCCGGACGGGAAAGAUCGUCAGCUCCGAUAUCCUGCGGAUCGCCAAGGGGGGUUUCUUUUCAUUGGACAGAGAGGAUCCGCUCGACCGUUCCUUGAUCAACGAGUUCCCCUGGCUUGAGUACGUGAACAUCUUCUGA